AUGGUGGUUGUCGUCAUUCGACUAGUUUUGCCUAGCCAAAAUGGCGAUCACCGUGUAGGGGUCGAGUGAGAUUACUAGUCACGUUUCUUCACUUUGGAAGAUAUAAUAGUCGAUUUUUGGACUCGGCUCUUUUAGCCAUGCUUACAAACGUUGGGCUGCGAGUCUUUCUGAAAUCUUCAACGAACAUUUUUCGAGGAAGCUCGUCUCUGAGCUCCGCGGCAUCACUUUUACCUAGGAGGGGUCCCGCUGCGUUAACGCCAGAUAGCAGAGGAUGCUGCUUUCCUCUAGCUUUUAAUGCUCCAGAAGGUUUUGCUGCAUCACAACCAGUAAGACAAUAUGCUCGAGUUGCAAAGACAAAAAAGACAGACACCGGGAGCCAGCUCAGUGAUCUCACUCCAGAAAUGCUAAAGCUGGAUUAUGCAGCUGUCCCUCUUGCUCAAACAACUGAUGAUAUAGUGAAACGUUUGCUUUCUCUGGAGCUGGCAAGCCAUAGUGAGAAGCUCCAGCUGAAGAAGGAACAGCUGAUUGCAAAAGUACAGAGGGAUGAGACUGACCGCAGCUCAGUGGAAGUCCAGAUCGCUAUUUUAACUGCCAGAAUUCGAAACUAUGGGGAGCAUUUACAGAAACAUCACAAGGACAAAGCUAACAAGAGGCGGAUGCUCAUGGCGAUUGACCGAAGGAAAAAGCUUCUGAAAAACCUACGAUUGGUGCGAUAUGAGACCUUUGAGAGAGUUUGUGAGCAGCUUGGCAUCACCUACACUUUCCCUCCGGAGUACUACCGGAGGGCCACCCGCCGCUGGCUGGCCAAGAAAGAAUUCUGCAUUAAGGUCUUCAAGGCUGUUCAGAAACAGAAAGCAGAGCAGAACCUGAAGAUGAAGCAGAAUUUAAAGACCACAGAAACAGAGGAAACUAAGGCCACAGCAGUUUAGAAACAAUUAAAGACUUUUUCUCAAACAUCCCUUGUCUUUUAAAUGAUUUCUUUUUCACUUUCAGUUGUGUAAGGGUGGCGUACAUUUUCUGUCAAAAUAAAAGUGCUCAAAUAAAAGUUACAAAAAUGUCAAAUGCAA